AUGAACACCAGUGCCUGGGAUGCAUUCUGCGGCGGUCCGUUGUGGAACUCAAGUCAACUAUUGGACAACUGGUGGCCAGAAUUCACUCCAUGUUUCAUCAACACAAUUUUUGUGUGGGUGCCGUGUGGCUACGUGUGGCUUGUACUGCCCUACUUUCUCUAUGACGUCAACAACAAGUUCAGCACCAAUAACCUCUACUUAGCAAAAAAUGACCUCAAGGAACACAGUCGCCAAACUUUGGAUACAAAUGUUGCAAAUGGCGGGAAAUUGUCAACCUUGGAAAGCCCGCCAAAAGGAGCCAUGACUGUCUUUUGUCUCUGGAAAAUCGUUUUGACCAGCCUGCUAGCGGCGUUAUCCCUGGUGCGUCUCCUGUUUGACCUGAAAGACGAUCAACCCACAGCUGAUGUCCUGGCUUCAGGGCUCUACACGGCUACAUAUGUUCUGGUUGCUAUCAAACUUUGGUACGAGCGGGUCAAGGGAAGGAACCCAAUGUUCAUCUCCUUUUACUUCUAUUCAAUGAACAUAAUAUUGGGUAUUGUCCCUUUGUAUACCUGGAUUAUAACAGAGGAUUACCAGCACUACCCCGGCAAGUUCACAAUCAUUGUGCUGUCCUUUGCUACCAAUGUGCUGACCUUUUCGUUGACCUUUGUCCCUGACAGCGAAUGGGCGACAAAGAAAGGAUACAGGAAGAUUGGACCGCGCCCAUGUCCUGAAGCAGUAGCUACCUACCCCUCACAAAUGUUAUAUCUCUGGAUGCUCAAGCUGAUGAUGAGCGGCUUCAGGAGAGAGAUCACAGCCGAUGACCUUUGGGACUUGAACCCACGUGAUCAAGGUCCUCGUUUGAACAUGCGUUUUGAGAAAGUCUGGACAGCUGAGAUAAACAGAGUUGACAGGAUCAAUAAAGUGCGUACAACUAGUUUUCAGGCCCAGAGGCAAGAACAUGGAUUCUCUCAAAACACUCAUGAAACAACAGAGAGGGUACAGAAUGGCCUGCAACACAACACGUUGGUCCGGGGAAAGGACACAUAUCUGACCCCUGCUGUCUACUAUGGUGGCUCCGAUGAAACAACAUCCCUUCUUGUGUCUAAAGGAUAUCAACAACAUACGGCUCAGACCAAGUCAGCCAGUUUGAUCCGAGCUCUGACGUCACUCUUUUGGAAGGACACUGUCAUCAUAUUGGUUCAGAAGAUCUUUGCAGAUGCUCUCCUGUACUCCAAUCCCAUGAUUCUAGGAGUUCUCAUUGAGAGGCUGCAGUUUCCAGAUGAAAGAAAAAUCUGGCAGUCUUAUGUUCUCAGUCUGGGACUGGUUGUCACUGGUAUAGCUAAGACACUAUUGUUUGCCCAUGCCAUGUAUCGCAGUGCUCUGCUGGGACUUCACGUGAAAACUGUACUUGUUUCUGCCAUUUAUAAGAAGUCACUGACAAUCUCCAGUUCGGCAAAAAAAGACUCCACGGUCGGGGAAAUUGUCAAUUUGAUGUCUGUUGACUGUCAGAGACUGGAGGAUAUAAUCACUGGGAUCUUCUUUAUGUAUUCCGCACCAGUUCAGUUUAUAUUCGCCAUUGUGAUUCUCUACGUUACAAUAGGUCCUGCAGUAAUCACUGGAUUAGUGUUGCUGAUAAUAACAGUUCCCUUCAAUAUGUGGAUCGGCAAGCAGCAGAAACUGAUACAAGACUCCUUGCUCCAGAGAAAGGAUCAAAGAAUAAAAAUUGUCAAUGAAAUUCUCAACGGAAUGAAGGUGCUGAAACUGUAUGCCUGGGAGGAUGAGUUUAAAAGAAAGGUGGAAGCUGUACGUUCAACAGAAAUCAAGCAGCUGUACAAGAUUGCCUUUCUGAACUUCUGUGCGGGGCUCGGCUGGGGUAUGGCGCCAUUUUUGGUUGGCUUUGUCACUUUUGCAACCUAUGUGCUGAUGGACAGCAGCAAUGUUUUAGAUCCUCAGAAAGCCUUCGUGUCUCUGGCGCUGUUCAAUCUGAUCCGAGUACCCCUCAAUUAUAUCUCGACAAUGAUCAUGAACUCAGUACAGAUUUCAGUUUCAGUCAAGAGAAUAAACUUGUUUCUAGUCAAGAAAGAUCUGAACCUGAGAAACACAAAAAUGGAUCCUCACUUGGAACAUGCCGUCUCCAUCCAAAAUGGGACAUUUACCUGGGACAGAGAUGAACCGCCUGUCUUGAAAAACAUCAAUGAAAACAUCCCUGUUGGGAAACUGACUGCCAUUGUUGGCCAGGUAGGAUCAGGGAAAAGUUCUCUGAUUGCGGCAAUUCUUGGAGAAAUGGAGAAGUUGGCUGGACAAGUGACCAUUAAGGGCAAAGUCGCGUACGUGUCACAGCAAGCAUGGAUCCAGAAUGCUACAGUCAGAGACAACAUCCUGUUUGGAAAGAAGUACAAAAAGCAGCGGUAUAACCAAGUCAUCCAAAUCUGUGAGCUGCAGAGAGACCUGGAGAUACUAGAAGCCGGAGACCUGACAGAAAUUGGGGAGAAGGGCAUCAACUUGAGUGGUGGCCAGAAACAGCGAGUCAACCUGGCAAGAGCAGUUUACAGCGAUUCAGACAUCUAUCUCUUUGAUGACCCUCUCAGUGCUGUUGAUGCUCACGUUGGCAAAGCCAUCUUCAAGAAUGUUGUCGGUAAUUCAGGUGUUCUAGCAAAGAAGACGCGGAUUUUGGUCACCCAUGGAAUUCAUUGGCUGCCCCAGGUCGACCAGAUUUUGGUGAUGACCAAUGGUUGCAUUUCAGAGCGUGGCUCCUAUGAACAACUCAUCUCACACAAUGGGCCUUUUGCUCAGUUUUUACAGAUGCAUUUGACCGGUGGUGACCACAGUAGUGACCACAGAGAGGACCUCAUUGAAGAAGAGGAAGAGGCUGAUGAAGAAUUACAAGAAGUCAAAAAUGCCAUAAAAGCAAAAAUUGACCAGUUGACGUCAGAUGCAGGGAAUACAUCCGGAGAAGAAACACACAGCGUGACCAGACAGGAAGUUAGACACAGAAGAAGAAACAACAG